UGUUAUGUGUUUGUCAAGUUGUCAAAUUUCUCAUUCAAUACUGUUCAGUAGCGCCUUAUAAUUAAAUAUCGUUUUCAAAUAAAUAUAAUUGAAUCGUUGUACCUUAAACCGGGACAAAGUACAAACUUUAUAAUAUGUAAUGGGUCUUAUUAUUUUUAUAUUUAAAACAUAACUACAACUUGUGUAUAGUUUACAAAGUAAAUAACCAAGUGCAAAAUGUCCUGUAAAUUGUUUGUUUAUUGUCACUUAGAAAGUUUGUAACAUUUCUUUAAUACAUUGUAUUCUGGUAUUUUGAAAACUAGGCUAAAAAAAGGUCUACAAUGAUUCACAGCUUGUUUAUUAUAAAUCCGUCUGGUGAUGUCUUUCUAGAGAAACAUUGGAGAAGUGUUAUUCCUCGUUCAGUGUGUGAUUAUUACUUAGAGGCGCAGAGAGCUUCACCCAAGGAUGUACCACCCGUUUUAGCUGCUCCUCAUCAUUAUUUGAUCUCAAUUCAAAGAGGCGGUGUAGCUCUUGUGGCUGUGAGCAAACAGGAAGUUGCUCCACUUUUUGUAAUUGAAUUCUUGCACAGGGUCGUUGAUACAUUUCAAGAUUACUUUUCAGAUUGUACAGAAACAAUUAUAAAAGAAAAUUAUGUUGUUGUUUAUGAGUUAUUGGAUGAAAUGUUGGAUAAUGGCUUCCCCUUAGCAACAGAGAGUAAUAUACUAAAGGAGUUAAUAAAACCACCAAACAUACUAAGGACUAUUGCUAAUACAGUUACUGGAAAAUCCAAUGUGUCUUCAAUUUUGCCUUCUGGCCAACUAACAAAUGUACCGUGGCGUCGGUCUGGUGUUAAAUAUGCAAACAAUGAAGCAUACUUUGAUGUGGUCGAAGAAGUGGACGCUAUCAUUGAUAAGAGUGGUGCCACUGUGUCAGCUGAGAUCCAAGGAUAUAUUGACUGUUGCAUAAAACUGAGUGGGAUGCCAGAUCUGACAUUAACCUUUGUAAAUCCAAGACUGUUUGACGAUGUAUCAUUCCAUCCAUGUGUCAGAUUCAAGAGAUGGGAGUCUGAAAGGAUUCUGGCAUUCAUUCCACCUGACGGUAGUUUUAGGCUGAUGUCGUAUCACGUGGGCUCACAAAGUGUUGUGGCUAUUCCCAUAUAUGUGCGACAUAACCUUGUGCUAAAAUCAAAUGGAGAUCAGGGGAGACUAGACCUAACAGUUGGUCCUAAGCAGACCAUGGGACGGACAUUAGAAAAUGUCGCCCUAGAAAUUUGUAUGCCCAAGUGUGUGCUCAAUUGUUCUCUGACUGCGAAUCAAGGGAAAUAUUCAUAUGAUCCAGUCAGUAAGAUCCUGCUUUGGGACAUCGGGCGAGUUGAGCUACCAAAGCUUCCAAACAUUAAAGGCACUGUGUCAGUUCAGUCUGGUUCGGACACGAGCGGCGCGAAUCCCAAUAUCAAUGUCCACUUCACGAUACCGCAGCUGGCUGUGAGUGGUCUUCGGGUCAGCCGCCUCGACAUGUACGGUGCCAAGUAUAAACCGUUCAAAGGUGUCAAAUAUGUCACCAAGGCGGGCAAGUUUCAUGUACGUAUGUAAUCAGUAUAUAUACUACCCGGGACAUUACCUCUGGAUCUAACUUCGAUGACGUCACAUUAUCGCUUUGUUACGGUGUGCAAAAAAAAAAAAGUGUGUGUGUACUUAUGUGUGCUCGUAGGAAGUUAUAUUUCUUUGGCCUAACGAAGCAAAAAUCAUUACAAUGAUUUAUUCCUCGUGCUAUUCUACGUUUUUAGAAAGAACAACUUUGUAAAAAUCGUGCAAAGAUGGUUUUGACAAUUAAUUAUUAAUGUAUUCGGCUGUAUGGGCUUGAACCCUUUGCCUGCCCUAAUAAUGGACGAAGAAACCAUUAACGCAUACGGCAUAAAAUUUUAGGAACCAAUUUCAAUUUAUGUGUUACAGUGAUGCGCGCGUAUCUUAAAAUUACACUCACAUAAUUUUUUCAUAACGCACCUAAAGAAGUAUAACUUCAAAAAGAUUUAUUUUGACAGUAUUUAUAGAUUGAUGUAAAGGUGUUGUGUUGUGAUGCUGAUUAUUGUUUUAAUGAUGAUAAAAUAAUGAAAAAAUCUGGGUUGAGUAAAUAAAGAUUUUUUUUCCCACCUCGAUGAAAAGCUGUCUUUUAGUCCCUGGUACGAGGGACAAAAGUGGCCGAGCUUUUAAUCCAGGUGGGGAAAAAUAGUAAACGCAUCACGUGAGAUAAGUAGGACAUUGCCAUCCGCGAUUGUCACCCUCGCCUUCGGCUCGCGUUUCAAUAUUGCGCGGGUGAGAAUGACCUACUUUUCUCUCUAGGUGCGUAAUAUAUAUGGGCGCGAAUCGCCACCUACCGUCAAUUGUUUGCAACUAUUGAUAUUUUACAAUACCUAAUUGUAUCUGUGUUUUAAAAGAAGUUGUAUCUACUCUGUUUCAUCUAUUGUACGGAAGCUAUAAAAGCGGUUGUUUUAUGUAAAGACGUUUCAUAUCUAUACUAGCAGUUGUGCCUCAAUGAACUGAGAAAUUAUUAGUGUUGUAUUUCUUCAUGGUGGACCCUGGUCAAGGAAACACUAGCGUAACGCCGAAAUAUACUAUUAUUGUUCUGGUGGAACUAUUAUAGCGAUACAGAACUACAGAAACUACAGAAUAAUUAACAACAAAAGUCAAAACGUAGCAAUGAAAAUUUCAAAAACAAAGCAGUGAUAGCACAAAAAUAUCACGACAUCUACCUAACGGCAAUGAAUCUGCAAACCGUACUGACGCAACAGGACGAGCGCGGGGGGCGAGAGGGGAACGGGAGGAGGCUUCACGUUCCAGCGAGGUCCAGGGAUAAUGUGGCCAUGUAGUACACUCGUAUUUAAUAAAAUUGAUUUUAUAUGGCAUCCCAAUGAUGAAAAAAAUAUGUUGCUAUUAUUUAAGACAAGGAUAUUUACUUAGGACUUAAGAUAAAGGAUCCAAUUAUAUUAUUAUUAAUAUCGUAAGAUUCUGGGGAUCGAUUUUAUUUAAUAAACGCGAAAUGUUUCUCGAAGGAAAGCUUUUUAUAUAUCAGAAUCUAUUUUCCAAAAAGUGUUUCGAAUAAAAAUCUUUAAUGUACAGAUUCUAUUUGAAGGAAAUUCUACGAUUUUAUUAUAUUUAUAUAAGUUUAGAUGCGAUAUCACAUUGUAAUUAUUAAAUAUUAUGAAACAUUCAACGCCUGUCUCAGGGUGACGGGCGCAGUAUAUUAUUUUCUUGUACUGUCACUUAUUGCCGUAAAAUAAUUACGGAUCUGUUUAUUGCUAUGUAGAAGUAAGUGCGUUGAUACAGGGACAGACCGCCAUCUUAGUGACGUCACAGUGAGGCUGGUUCAGGCAUAAUAUAAAACUGAACAAUAAGUUGUAAUCAACUGUAAAGUAGAUCCUGUAGAUGGAGCCACAACCCGAGAGUUGAACAAACAUACCAAGAUUUACGGAUCAUGCAGCAUGCGGACGGCUGGCUAAGUUGGAAGAGCGCUGGGACUCGGGUGAACUCGAGAGGCGCGGGUUCGAAACUUGCAUCGUCCGUAAGUUUUGGUAUAAAUGUAAAUUUGUGUAAUUAAAUUAGCCACAAAUUCGGAUAUCAUCCCCACCAUCUGGAUGUGUGGCAGUCCCCCACAGUGCGGUCUACAAGGAGCUUUCUUCCACGUACUACAAAGCUGUGGAAUGAGCUUCCUUGUGCGGUGUUUCUGGUACGAUACGACAUAGGUACCUCCUUAAACGGAUCGUUAAAGGCCGGCAACACUCCUGUAAUUCCUCUGGUGUCGCAAGAGAAUGUGGGCGGCGGUGAUCACUUAACACCAGGUGACCCGUACGCCAUUUUGUCCUCCUUUUCCAUAAAAAAAGGGAUAUCACAUAAAAAUAACAAACUGAAUAGGUACUUAUUGAUAUAACAGGUCUUAUAAAUAAGUUUAUUGUUUUGGCUAUAUAAAUGUAAUUUUUUUAUUGUUAUCUCAAUUUCUAUUCUAUAUCUAGUUAAAGAAAAUAAAUAAGUUUUUCUACUA